UUGAGGCAAACUCGAGUCACGAUGAGUAUCGCCGAUUACGAACAAACCGCGGAGGACCACCAGGCCGUUCUCGUGGUGGUCAAACCCGCCGGUCAGAUCAACGCCAAAACCUUCAACCACAUCUUUGACCGCAUCACGCGCUGUCGCUACGUCCGCCUCCCGGAUUCACAACGCUCGUUCUGUCUACGCUACAAGAAAAGCUCCCCCGUAGAGAACAUUGUUUGGGGCGAGUUUCAGGCGCAUCGCAAAGUCAUGGGACUGCUGGUUGUCGGGAAAUGUACGACCACCGCGGACACCGGGAUGGUACAAGAGCGAUACAACCUGCUGAAGGAACUAUACGCGUCCACGCUGUACGAUUCCCGCUGUUUAAUCUUCGGCAUGAAGCAAGAAAACGGGACCAACGCGAAAACAAACAUGGUGUAUUAUUCCAGCGUGGAGGAAAGUUUUUCGCUGGACGAAACUGUCCGGGAAUUCGCGGCAUCGCUUUUCUGGGUCCUGGAAUCGAAGAGGUUGCAGGCGGAGAGAUUGGCGAGCGACAAGUCGGAAAAACUGCCGUUGCUUUUGGCGCCAUUUGAGAAGAAAGACCUGAUUGGUAUUGACACAGAAACAAGAGCCUUUAGGAAGCGAUGUCAGGGCCGGAUGAGGAAGUACUCAGGAGACUUGUGUCUGCUGGCAGGUCUGACACAGGAAGCCCUGCUGCACUAUCAGGCCUCCGCUGACAUCCUCAAAUCUGCCAACGACUGGCUCUGGCUCGCUGCUGCUUUUGAGGGAACAUGUGCCGCCUCCGUGACUAUACAGUAUCCCCAUGGCACGACAAGGCCCCCUAUGCCUCGUAACCAGUCCUUCAGCGGCAGCCCCAAGGUGACAGCAGAGAGAAAACUCACCGGGUCACUCACUAGGGCAGAGAGAAGGCGUAGUGAAACAGUCACUAGGGCAGAGAGACUUGGCCUUAGCGGGACCAUCAAUGGGGCAGAGAGAAGGCGUAGUGAAACGCUUACUAGGACAGCGAGCGACAGUCGCCUAACUGCCACGGGAAACGCGCUGUGGAGCGCAGUGUCUCAGUUCCUUGACGUCUCCGCCCCUCCAACAAUGUCACCCAACGGGUUACCAAUGGCAACAGCAGAAUUCCUGCAAGACGGCAAAGCCAAGAACUGUUUGUCGCCUGAUGAGAUCAUUGAGAAAUACAAGGAGGCACUGAUUCAGUACAGCAAGUACAAGAAUGCAGCAGUCAUAGAGUUGGAAGGCAUCAUUAAAGCCACUAGAAUUAUGAUAACGCAACGGAAAAAUCUCCAGGCAUCUGAGUUUCUCCAGAACAUGGUUUACAUCAACAUUCAACUCACAGACGAAGAUAAGAUCCAGAGAUACAAUACACUGUCAGGGCUGUAUGAACAGAUAGGCUUCAAGAGAAAAGCUGCCUUCUUCAAGAGAGUGGCCGCCAUGCAAUGUGUGUCUCCAAAUAACCCCAACCCAGCUUGGAACUCUUGUUACCACCUGCUGCAGGAGACCCUAGAGGGUUACAGCCUGUCGUUGGACCCGCGACAGUUCCCGCGGGAGUACACGUACGGUUGGCCGGCCAUACAGCUGCGGAUUCUACACGAGAUGGUGUACACUGCCAGGAAAAUGGGCAACCCUGCCUUAGCUGUCAGACACAUGUCGUUCCUCCUCCAUGCCAUGAGUGAACAUCUCACACCGUACGAGAGGAAAGAGUUGUCCAAAGUGUUGGAGAGUUACACGGCGAAGGUCCCGGGGACGCCCGUACCGCUCGCGCUGGAGAGCGGUGCCAUCUUGCCUCCUGUGCCAAUGACAAACCUGCCGACCGUCAAGUCAUUCAAGUUACUAGACCUGGCCCCGCACUUGAGACCCAUGAAGAAGCCAUCGAGUCAGACAAGCUCCGCCUCCCUCAACAGUCCCUUCAUCUACUCACCAAUCCAGUCAAGGCAGCAGGAGAAAAAGGACCAAUCAAAAAUGGACUUCCAGUGGGUGAGUGGAGAGGUGUGUGAGAUGGCACUACAAGUCGUUAACCCCAUGCCCUUUGAACUCAAGGUGCAGAACAUGAGUGUGAUGUCAGAAGGGAUAGUGUUUGAGCCCCUCAUCAGUAACCUGUCCCUCCCCGCCGAGUCAGGACCACUUGGCGUCACCCUACUGGGGACUCCCAAAACAGCCGGACAGCUCAAACUCGUGGGGUAUGUAACACACAUCCUUGGCGUGAAGUCCCAUUGCAAGUUCAAGGACCUACGACAGAUCGCGGUGCCGGACUACUCGGUAGAGGUCGUACCCGAACUCCCAAAACUACAGGUCACCACGUCGCUGCCAAAAGCGGCAUUUGGGACGACCAAUCACAACCUAGGUCUCAACAAGGCCAAGGAAACCGCUGUGACAAGUGCUGCUGCUAGGCUAUACGCUGGAGAAAGCCAAGAAUGUGUUCUAACUCUCCAAAACGUCAGCCAAAUUCCUGUGGAAUCCAUAGACAUAAGUUUGGACACUUCCAUAAGUUCUCCCAAGGUUCCCUCCGGAUUUUUCACCUGGAAUUUGGAGAACACAAAAGCCCAACUUCCGCUACAACCAGGUGCCAUGGCCACGUUCACAGUGUUAAUCAAGGCAGUAGGAGAGAUUCCUACACAAGACAGGAAAUCAACAGAAAACGAAGAACCCAGUAGUAGACACAGUUCACCCAAGAAGUCCCCCCAGACCAGACCCAGAUCUAUGAGAACAGCAGCCAUGACUGUACCACCCAUAGAGGCACAACAACCCGAGGAGGAAAAAGCACAGCCAGUGGAUGCAGUUCUGAAGCUGACAUAUUCAGGAGGACAGGGUUUUGAGGAGGGUUACCACAGACAAGCCUCCAUCAUACUACAUGUGGACGUACUACAGUCACUUCUCGUGUCUAAAGUCAACAUACUACCUGCACCUAGUCCCAGACAUUGCCAUUUGACCCUUGACCUUCAAAAUGUCACCAAACACGAGGUCGUCAUCAGUUACCCCGACAAUGAUGACCUCAUCAUCGAGAGUAAACAACUGAAGAGAAUUGCCGUCCGUGUGGAGAGAUUUUCCCUGCCUGAACCGUGCAGCAGUGAUGCUCCCAUCUCCAUCAUCAGUCCUGCUGAUGCCAGGAGUCAGCAGUACAGCCAACAACUCGCCACUCUGGUGGACAUCAGAUGGAAAAUGCCGUCCAGUGGUACAUGCGGAGUUGUAAACCUAGAAGGCAUCCCCAUGACACCUGAAGCCAUCGACCUCAUUAGCAUUUCUCCCAUACAGUGGGAUGUUAGAAUAGAUGACAAACCCUGCGAUACAGAGGAGCCAGUGCAAUGCAUGAUGGGAAGGCCCAUGUCAGUGAAAGUCUCGGUGACUAACGCGUCCUCGGAGGCGGUGGAAGGGAGCGCGCUGGUCGUUCAACCGUACCAGGACCUGUGGAACGGGACCGUCCUAAACAACGUCAGCGAAAAAAUCGCCUGCGUCGGAUGUCAGAAGAGGGAGAUUGAAAAGAUGGAGCCAGGUGAUAGUGUCCAGCACACCUGCACGUUUGUGUUUUUCUGCUGCGGUGACUUCAGCCUGGACAUCCGCGCCACGUGUGCAUCCAGAGUCAGAUCACAGGAACACAAGUGGAUCUUCACUCCCAUAGUCAGAAUAACCGUGCAAGAACAGACCAGAAAGUGACCACAGAAAAUUUAACAGCCUCAAGUUUUAUUCCGGACUUCCAGUUUAAUUCUGGACUAAUUCCCAUAUCUUGCAGCAGCAUUAC